AAGUGAGAAGGGCAAAUAGCGUUGGGGGAUUGGGAAUCCCAAUUGGCGCUGAAGCAAUUUGGGGAGUGAGUGAACCUCCAGAUCGUCAUCCCCACCUGUCCCUUCCUCUGCCAUAUCCUUUUUCCAUAUAUAUAUAUAUAAACCCACCUCACAAUUUUUGCUCUCUUUCAAUCUCUUCUGAGGCUGCGGAGCCUCCAAGUUUGUGUUUCUCCACAAACUCCCUUCCCUUCCAUUGCUUUUGUGUUCAUCAUGCCGUCAGGUGCUAAGAAGCGAAAAGCUGCCAAGAAAAAGAAGGAAUUGGAAGCUCACAUCAGCCCCUCUUCCAACGCCUCUCAAGGAAAUGAGGAUGUUAAGAACCGAAAUGAUAAGGGAAGUGACAGUGGUGAGGUUGAAUCCCCAGCUUCUGAGAAUCAGCCGAGCCACAGCAAUCCAUUUGGUAAGGGGAAUAAGGAAGUAGAAGAGAGUAGCUCCUCCAAUUCUGGGACUAAUCAGAAACUAGGAAUUGCUGCUGAGACAAAAAAUGGCACUCUUCAGAAUCAUAGCAGUAGCAGUUCAGAUGAUGAGUCUGUAGAUACAACAAAGGAACCAGAGGUACUUGAUGAGAAGAUUGCGCCAACGGCUGCUUCUAUUGUUAACUCGGUUACGCCAGAGGUCUCGGCAUCGGAGGAAACUAUCGGCGUCGUGGAAAGUGCUUCUGUUGAAAAUACUGCCAUACCUGAUAUGAUUACUUCAGAAAAGUUGUCACUGACAGCUCCAAGGGAUCUCUCAUCAAAACCAAAUGAAGAUACAAAUUUACACUUAUCAGCGCAUAUCAAAGGGUCUGAAAAUGCAGAGAAUUUCAACCCAGAAUCUGAGGAUCAGCCGUUGAUUUCAAGACCUCCCGUGCCACGAAGAACCUCGUGGUUGAGUUGCUGUGGUUUAUGUGAUGUAUUUACGAGCUCGAACUGAUAGCUUCGCAUACAGUUUCUUUAUAUAGGGGAUGAAAGUCUUCACAGGACGGGUGAAGGUUAAUCGGCAAGGGUCGUUAUGAAAGCAUGAUAACAUAGACGAAAUCGAACUUGAUGAACCCAGCUUAAGGUAGAUCAUGUUCUUGGAUUUAGAAGCUAGCAGCAUGAAGAUAUUCCCUUACUACAUGUCUUUAUCUUACAGUGAGUUUUCUUUUCUUGGAGCAUAAUGUUCUCGAUUUUGCAUUGGUUCGACAUUUCGCAGUUAAAUUAUCGUAAAUGUUUCAAUUGUGUUGAUAAUCUGUUACCACCUGACUUUCUUAUUCAUUUGACAUCUGCUAUUUCU